AUCCCAUUGACUAUGAGUGUUACAUUUGCACAGCACCGUCUGUCCUCAGUCUCUCAUCAGCUUGUUCUCUAUCAUUCAGUCCAACCAGCAGCAGCAAUGAAGGUUCAUAUGCAGUUCAGCUGAUGAUGGAGGAUUUUCCCAGAUGGUCAAUCACUUUGACUCAUUACAAUGGUUCAACUUAUUCAUGGAGCCCCAGCAACUUCAUGACCCAAAUCUCUGUCCAGUUUGUUUUCAAAGUGGAUCCUGCAGCUCCGUCCUGCACAGCAGGUGAAUAUCUGCCCAGGUUUCUGCCUCCAACUCCUGAACAUGGAGCUCAGUUCUUCAUAGACGUUAAUAAGAUGAUAGAAAUCAGCAUCAGAGCAGAGGCGACUCAGUCUGUGAUCACUGGGAUCCAGUUCAGUGGACCGUUCAACAUGGCCAAGAGUUCAUCUGGUUCAGGAAAUUUCACCCUGAGAUGGACGCCGUCUUUCAGUCAAAAUGAUGAUAAUGAAAGUCAUCCCAUCUGUUUUGCUGUCCAGGCAACUGCCUCCAGUUCUGUCUACCAGUCUGAGCUUCGAUGCGUCAUUGUGAGGGUUGGAAACAUACCUUUCAUAGCGACUCCAUCUCCUCCUCCUAAAACAUCUCAUGUUAAGGUUGUGAAGCUGAAGAUCAAGACUUCGAUGUCACUGAAAGACAAACAAGAUGAACUGGAGAAAGCGAUUCAAGAUCAACUGAUUACAGGAGGGCUGCCUGCAGACAUAAAGGUUCACCUGCUAAGCUUCGGUAUAGCUAAUAAAACAGCUGCCCCCUAGUGGCCAAACAGGAGAAUGAAUCUGAUCCCUGCAGGAAAUUUGAUUUAAUCUUCCUGUAUAUUAUAAAUAAUUCAGGGAGUUUUGGUUGUUUUCAGUAAUUU